AUGGAAUUCAAAACGCAUGAUUAUAGAGCCGAAGAAAAAGUCUAUUCACUUACCCGAAUUUCGGUUUCUUCGCAUCCUCUUUGGUCGUCCCCAUCUUCGUCCUUAUCACAUACGCAGGAUGAUGGGAGCACCGAAUUCUUUGAUCCAUUAAGGGGGCUAUCAACAGAAACCUUAGAGCCAGUUGAAAAUACGGCAGUUGUAGAAAAGCUUCCUGCUACCCAACCAACCUCUCAUCUCUCUUCAAAGAAGGAGUGGACAUCCUUUAAUAAGCUACUAAUGCAGAGAUUUCCUAUCCCAAAAAUGAUUUCAGUUUGUUCGAUUUGGCCAGGUUUUGUCUCUCGCAUAGGCACAAAUGGAUAUCAUCAGGUGGUGUGUAGUGGUGAGCGAAAACAGGAUCUUCCCACAUGUGGCUAA